GACACAAGUCAAUGUGGAUGGUGCCAUUGAAAUGUGUUUGCGGAAAGCUGACACGAACAAGGAUUCGAAGCUUUCCUUCUCCGAGUUUCGAAGUCUCAUGCGAUCGCUCCGAGAGCCCCGUUUGGCACGGCACUCUGCGAACCUGGUCUUCGCCCUCUUUGACUUGGAUGGGAAUCACUUCAUCUCACGCAGUGAAUUCCAAGAGCUUUAUAGAUUUCUUCUGGGUCGUACCCCAUCCAACAAUCAGUUCGAAGAGGAAUGGGAUCGCUUAUUGAGCUUCGUGAAGAGAUCCGGCGAGGAAGUGAAGGAGUCCGGUGAAGAGUACGCAGAUCAGCGGAGCUACAUCCACUGGCUUCAAACCUCGGAGGAUCCCAAGAUCCGUCAACAGGCGCCCGAGUGUCAACCGCAGAGUGCUGCGCCCAAGGCUCAGGUGCCCUCCGAGCCUUCAGAGAUGAGCUUCCGGCCCAGGCGGAAGAAGGAAAGAACAGAUUUGAACACAUAA